GGCAAUCAAAUGGUCGGGAUGCGUUUUCAGAGAGAGAGGUAAACGGAGACACGCAAGCGGUCAAUCUCACAACGAUACAGACCAGAGGCUUCGUGCGCGCUUUUGGGAAGUUGUUAAUUGGACUAAAUCAACAUUUGUUUGGAAUUUGCUGAGGAUAAGAACGACUUUUAUUCUGUACGUUUGAGAUUACAAUCGUUAUGUUAAAAUCUGUUGGGAUAUGCAUGAACGAUCACUUGGUUAACUCAAAUAUGGACCAGUGAAAAUGCCCGAUAAAAAGGAAUGAACAACAAUAUUUUCAACAGAUCCAUCCUUUGGUGCGCUUGGAAUUUGAACUUAACUUUUACACGCAAUUCGCACGCAGUUGGGCCUAAUUAAAUUGUUGAUCUAUUCAGCUAGGUCUGGGAUUUUCUAAAAAGUGAUUUGGAAAUGGCUUCUCUUCGGCACUCACUGUCAGUCCACAGAUAUGCCCAAAUUAACUGAAAUAGGCUGAGAGAAGGAACACAGUGAACACAGGAGUUUCACAUAGUGUCUAGUGCAGGACAGACAGACAGGAUGAGAAGAUGGCCAGCCUGCUGCUACCACCGGGACCAGGCAGCUUGCACCGGUUCACCCGCGAAUCUCUGGCUGCCAUUGAGAAGCGCGUUGCUGAGGAGCAGGCUCGGCAUGCCAAGCACUAUCAGGAGGACCUGGGAGAUGUGGACGAGCUCAAGCCUCGUCCAGACCUGGAGGCGUCCAAACAGCUGCCCCGGAUCUUUGGGGACAUCCCGUCUGGGCUGGUGGGGGUGCCCCUGGAGGACAUUGACCCCUACUACCAUAAGAAUCACAGGACUUUUAUAGUGCUGAAUAAAGGGAAGGCCAUCUUCCGUUUCAGUGCCACUGCAGCCCUUUAUAUUUUUAGCCCUUUUCAUCCAGUACGAAGAGCCUCAAUAAAGAUAUUAGUCCACUCGUUAUUCAGCUUGUUCAUAAUGUGCACCAUCCUGACCAACUGCUGCUUCAUGGCCAUGUCUGAACCUGCCUACUGGGCCAAGUACCUGGAAUACACAUUCACAGGCAUCUACACGUUUGAGUCUCUAAUUAAGAUCCUGGCAAGAGGCUUCUGUGUGGGUCCCUUCACCUUCCUCCGUGACCCCUGGAACUGGUUGGAUUUCAGCGUGAUCGUUAUGGCGUAUGUGACAGAGUUUGUGGAUCUGGGGAAUGUGUCGGCGCUGCGUACCUUCAGGGUCCUCAGAGCCCUGAAAACUAUCUCGGUUAUUCCAGGUCUGAAGACCAUCGUAGGUGCUCUGAUCCAGUCUGUGAAGAAGCUAGCUGAUGUCAUGAUUCUCACAGUCUUCUGCCUCAGCGUCUUCGCUCUGAUUGGUCUGCAGCUCUUCAUGGGCAACCUACGUCAGAAGUGUGUUAGAAGCACGGCCCACUGUGUGAACAACACACUCAACACCAACAGCUCCUUCUUCUGCAACAACAAGACCUGGCCGUCGCUCAAGGACUUCAUCUCAGACGAAGACAACUACUACAAAGUUGAAGGGGCAAAAGAUGCCUUAAUCUGUGGAGAUGGGAGCGAUGCAGGGAAAUGUCCAGACGGGUUUGACUGUCUGAAGGCGGGUCGUAAUCCUAACUAUGGCUACACCAGCUUUGAUUCCUUCGGCUGGGCCUUCCUGUCCCUCUUCAGGUUAAUGACUCAGGACUACUGGGAAAACCUCUACCACCAGACCCUGCGCUCAGCAGGGAAGACCUACAUGGUGUUCUUCGUAGUGGUGAUCUUCCUGGGAUCGUUCUACCUGGUGAACCUGAUCCUGGCCGUGGUGGCCAUGGCCUACGAGGAGCAGAACCAGGCCACCAUCGCUGAGGCCUGGCAGAAGGAGAGGGAGUUCCAGCUGGCUGUGGAGAGGCUGAAGAGGGAGCAGCAGGCAUCCCAGAAGGCUCAGGACACCGCCUCGAUGAUGUCACCAGACCCCUCCCCCUUUGCCCUCCAUGAUGACCAUGCGUUGGACAGGAGGCGCAGCACGGGUUUGGGGGGUUUGGCUGAGGAGGGGGAGAACCAAUCAGAGGACAGAAUGCUGAAGAUGGAGUCGGUGGACGGAGGCAGGCCCCCCCUCCUCCAGCGUACCCUUUCAUCGCGAACGCGCAGGGGCAGCCAGCUCAGCAUCUUCAACUUCCGCCUGAGGAACAAGGACUCAGAGGGUGACAUGGCGGAUGAUGAGUACAGUGUCCCGGGAGAGGUCGAAGGACGAGGGUCACUGAUCCUGCCCUGGUCAUCGCGACGACGGCCCAGUACAUACAGCACGGCUAGCAGGGGGUCAGGGGUGUUUCAGCCCCCCUGCCUCAACAUCAACGGCCGGGUGUUCAUGGCUGUGGACCACAACGGGGUCUCCCCACAGGGGCUCCCAGCAUGCACCAUGGAGAAGGUUCAGGAAGAGAGUGGCCCAAGCUCAACCACGGAGCUGAGCACCAUGCUUCUGCCCCACCCAUACUGUCAAGACGGCCAGCGAGACCGCGCCCUCAGCGCCACAAGCUACCUCACCGACGCCAUGGAGGAGCUGGAGGAGUCUCGUCAGAAGUGCCCCCCCUGCUGGUACGGGUUUGCCCACCGCUACCUGAUCUGGGAGGGCUCGCCCUGCUGGAGGAGGCUGAAAGUGCUGGUGAAGUUCAUGGUGAUGGACCCCUUCUUGGACCUGGCCAUCACGGUCUGCAUCGUCCUCAACACCCUCUUCAUGGCCAUGGAGCACUACCCCAUGACAGACGAAUUCAACGCCAUGCUCUCCAUAGGAAACCUGGUUUUCUCGGGAAUCUUCACAGCAGAGAUGCUCCUGAAGAUCAUAGCUCUGGACCCCUAUUACUACUUUCAGCAGGGCUGGAACAUCUUCGACAGCAUCAUCGUCUGUCUGAGCCUCAUGGAGCUGGGACUGUCUGACGUGGAGGGGCUGUCGGUCCUUCGCUCCUUCAGACUGCUGCGUGUGUUUAAGCUGGCACGUUCCUGGCCGACCCUGAACACACUCAUCAAGAUCAUCUGCAACUCCAUGGGCGCUCUGGGCAACUUGACCCUGGUCCUGGCCAUCAUCGUCUUCAUCUUUGCCGUGGUGGGCAUGCAGCUGUUUGGGAAGAACUACCAGGACUGCGUGUGUAAGAUAUCCAGAGACUGCACGCUGCCGCGCUGGCACAUGAAGGACUUCUUCCACUCGUUCCUGAUCGUUUUCCGGGUGCUGUGCGGGGAGUGGAUCGAGACCAUGUGGGACUGUAUGGAGGUGGCCGGCCAGCCGCUCUGCAUCCUGGUCUUCAUGCUGGUCAUGGUCAUCGGAAACCUGGUGGUGUUGAACCUGUUCCUGGCCCUGUUGCUCAGCUCCUUCAGCUGUGACAACCUCUCAGCUCCGGAUGAUGACGGCGAGAUGAACAACCUGCAGAUUGCCAUCGCCAGGAUAGCGCGAGGCUUGGGCUGGCUGCGAAAGCAGCUCUGCAACUUCUUCAAUGGGAACUUCAAACGGCGGCGGCAGAAGAGCAAGGAGGCCAAGGCCAUGAUGAAGCUAAGGAGGCUCAGCCAACUACACCCUGAGGGGAACGGGAUGCCCCUGGGGGUGAUAGGUCGCCAUGGAGAGCAGUACAUGUUGCCUGAUGGAGACAGCUACAUGACCAACCCUAACCUGACCAUCAGUGUUCCUAUCGCCCCCGGAGAGUCGGACCUGGAGCUUCCCGAGGAAGAGGACGAUGAGCAGAGCGACUGCUCUGAGGAAGAGGAGGAGGAGGAGGAGGAAGAGGAGGAGAGCAAGCCGCAGAAGGAUGCCAUCAGCCUAUCGGAGGGCAGCACUGUGGAUCUGAGGAAGCCUGGCGAGGAAGAGGAUGAGUACUCAGAGACCGCUGAAGAGGCCAUGGACCCUGAUAACUGCUUCCCUGACAUGUGCGUUCGGCAGUGUCUGUGCUGUGACAUCAACACAUCGGCAGGACUGGGCAGGACAUGGUGGAGACUGAGGAAGACCUGCUACCAGAUCGUGGAGCACAGCUGGUUUGAGUCCUUCAUCAUCUUCAUGAUCCUGCUGAGCAGCGGAGCGCUGGCUUUUGAGGACAUCUAUAUUGAGCAGAGAAAGGUCAUCAAGGUGAUUUUGGAGUAUGCAGACAAGAUCUUCACCUACAUCUUCAUCCUGGAGAUGCUGCUCAAGUGGAUUGCUUACGGAUUCAAGAAGUACUUCACUAACUACUGGUGCUGGCUAGACUUCCUCAUUGUCGAUGUGUCUCUAGUUAGCCUGGUUGCUAACACGCUAGGCUACUCAGAUUUUGCUGCCAUCAAAUCCCUCCGAACCCUCAGGGCUCUCAGGCCUCUCAGAGCCCUGUCCAGAUUUGAAGGCAUGAGGGUGGUGGUGAACGCUCUCAUAGGGGCUAUUCCAUCCAUCAUGAACGUGUUAUUGGUGUGCCUCAUCUUCUGGCUCAUCUUUAGCAUCAUGGGGGUCAACCUGUUUGCAGGGAAGUUUGGGCGUUGUGUGAAUAGGACAGGGUACAUCUACGACGCCUCCUUCGUCAACAACAAGACAGACUGUCUGGCGCUCAACAACACACAGUUCUACUGGAGCAAGGUCAAGGUCAACUUUGACAACGUGGGAGCUGGCUACCUUGCCCUCUUACAAGUGUUUGACUUUGUGGUGGUCAUCCUCUCCAUUGUGGGCAUCGUACUUGCUGACAUCAUCGAAAAGUACUUCGUCUCGCCAACACUGUUCCGAGUGAUCCGAUUGGCUCGCAUCGGUCGGGUCCUACGUCUGAUCCGAGGUGCCAAGGGGAUCAGGACACUCCUCUUUGCCUUGAUGAUGUCACUUCCUGCGCUGUUCAACAUCGGGCUCCUCCUCUUCCUGGUCAUGUUCAUCUACGCCAUCUUCGGCAUGGCCAACUUCGCUUACGUCAAGAAGCAGGCGGGCAUUGACGACAUGUUCAACUUUGAGACGUUUGGGAACAGCAUGAUCUGCCUGUUCCAGAUCACAACCUCUGCCGGCUGGGACAACCUCCUCUCCCCAAUCCUCAACAACUCUCCAGAGGAGUGCAACCCCCACCUGCCCCACACCGGCACCAACGCCAAGGGUAACUGCGGCAACCCUUCCGUGGGCAUCACAUUCUUCGUCACCUACAUCAUCAUCUCCUUCCUAAUUGUGGUCAACAUGUACAUCGCCAUCAUCCUGGAGAACUUCAGUGUGGCUACGGAAGAGAGCACGGAGCCGCUCAGUGAAGACGACUUUGAGAUGUUCUACGAGGUGUGGGAGAAGUUUGACCCCGAGGCCACCCAGUUCAUCGAGUACGCAAAGCUCUCCGACUUUGCCGACACGCUUUCGGAACCUCUGCGCAUCGCCAAGCCAAACAAAAUCAAGCUGAUCUCGAUGGACCUGCCCAUGGUCAGCGGAGACAAGAUCCACUGCCUGGACAUCCUGUUUGCCUUUACCAAGCGCGUCCUGGGCGAGUCUGGGGAGAUGGAUGCCCUCAAGCAGCAGAUGGAGGAGAAGUUCAUGAUGGCCAACCCUUCCAAGAUCUCCUACGAGCCCAUCACCACCACCCUGAGACGGAAGCAGGAGGACGUGUCGGCUGCCGUCAUCCAGCGCUGUUAUCGGAGACACCUGGUGCGUCGUCAGAUGAAGCAGGCCUCGCUGCUCUAUCGGCAGAUUAACACCGCCACACACUCCCCCAGCGGGGGGCGGGGGGGCGGCAGCGAGGACGAGGCGGAUGGAGGGGCUGGACGGGCGACGCCAGAGAAGGAGGGACUGAUCGCCCUGAUGAUGAAGGAGAACUAUGGCGGAGGAGGGGAGAUGAAGCGCUCAGACACUCUGUCCUCCACCUCGUCACCACCCUCCUACGACAGCGUUACUCGGGCCACCAGCGAAGUGAUCCACAUCCUCAUCCCAGGUGGCGACUGCUGUGACCUGCCCAGUCCUGCUGAGCCCUGCAGCCCCUUGUCCUCUGACCCCGACCCCAACAGACACCAGAAGAGUCUUCAGUAGAAACAAGCCAUGUAGGACACGCCCCCCUACUCCCAUAGUCUAGCUUGUUGACAGAAUGUACUGUAGAUCAGAAGGAUUCUGUCUGGGGGAGACAAAGGGG